AGGGGCUGCGGGUCCGGGCGGAAGUGGGGCAGGCGGGCGGGAGCGAGGCGUCACCGUUGUAUAUUCAUGAGGCGCGCGCAGCCCAGCAUGUUAAUGAGGCGGGGCGCGGCGGCCGGCUAAGAAGGCUGCUGGGCGGCGGCGGCGGCGGCGGCGGCGGCGGCGGUGGUUGCUGGCUCCGGGCAGCGGGGCGCGAGUGGCGUAGACCGGGGGUCCCUGGCCGGCGCUAACCAGGACAUGGAGCCGUCCGGCGGGGGCCUGGGGCCCGGCCGCGGGACCCGGGACAAGAAGAAGGGUCGGAUCCCGGAUGAGCAGCUGCCCGCGACGGGCGGCGACGGCGGCAAACCCAAGAAAUUUACUUUGAAGAGGCUCAUGGCAGAUGAGCUGGAGAGAUUUACCAGCAUGAGGAUUAAGAAGGAGAAGGAAAAGCCCAAUUCUUCUCACAGAAACUCGUCUGCAUCGUAUGGAGAUGACCCCACUGCACAGCCAUUGCAAGACUUCUCAGAUGAGCAAGUCCUCGUCUUCUUUGAGCAGAUGCUGGUGGAUAUGAACCUGAAUGAGGAGAAACAGCAGCCUUUGAGAGAGAAGGACAUUGUCAUCAAGAGGGAGAUGGUGUCUCAGUAUUUGCACACUUCCAAGGCUGGCAUGAACCAGAAAGAGAGCUCUAGGUCUGCCAUGAUGUACAUUCAGGAUCUGAGGUCAGGCUUGCGGGAUGUGCAUCUGCUUAGCUGCCUGGAGUCCCUUCGAGUCUCUCUCAAUAAUAACCCUGUCAGCUGGGUGCAGACAUUUGGUGCUGAAGGCCUAGCCUCCUUAUUGGACAUUCUUAAACGACUCCAUGAUGAGAAAGAGGAGACUUCUGGAAACUACGACAGCCGGAACCAGCAUGAGGUUAUCCGCUGCUUGAAAGCUUUCAUGAACAACAAGUUUGGAAUCAAAACCAUGUUGGACACAGAAGAAGGAAUCCUACUGCUGGUCAGAGCCAUGGAUCCUGCUGUUCCUAAUAUGAUGAUUGAUGCAGCUAAGCUGUUGUCUGCUCUAUGUAUCCUACCACAGCCAGAGGACAUGAAUGAACGAGUUUUGGAGGCAAUGACAGAGAGAGCUGAAAUGGAUGAGGUGGAACGCUUCCAGCCACUGCUGGAUGGAUUAAAAAGUGGGACCCCCAUUGCACUCAAAGUGGGCUGCCUACAGCUGAUCAAUGCUCUCAUCACUCCCGCAGAAGAACUUGACUUCCGAGUUCACAUUCGAAGUGAACUGAUGCGCUUGGGGCUGCAUCAGGUGUUGCAGGAGCUUCGGGAGAUUGACAACGAUGAUAUGAGAGUACAGCUAGCUGUGUUCGAUGAACAAGGGGAGGAAGAUUUCUUUGAUCUGAAGGGACGGCUGGAAGACAUCCGCAUGGAGAUGGAUGACUUCGGUGAAGUUUUCCAGAUUCUUUUAAACACAGUGAAAGAUUCAAAGGCAGAGCCACAUUUCCUGUCCAUCCUGCAGCAUCUCCUAUUGGUCCGAAAUGAUUAUGAGGCUAGGCCACAGUACUAUAAAUUGAUUGAAGAAUGUAUUUCUCAGAUAGUUCUACACAAGAAUGGAACUGAUCCUGACUUCAGGUGCCGGCACCUCCAGAUUGAUAUUGAGGGAUUGAUUGAUCAAAUGAUUGAUAAAACAAAGGUGGAAAAAUCAGAGGCCAAAGCUACAGAGCUGGAAAAAAAGUUGGACUCAGAGUUGACAGCCCGGCAUGAGUUACAAGUAGAAAUGAAAAAGAUGGAAAAUGACUUUGAGCAGAAACUUCAGGAUCUUCAAGGAGAAAAGGAUGCACUGGAUUCUGAAAAGCAGCAGAUUGCAACAGAAAAACAAGAUCUGGAAGCAGAGGUGUCCAAGCUGACAGGAGAGGUUGCCAAGCUGUCAAAAGAACUAGAAGAUGCCAAGAAGGAAGUGGCUUCUCUCUCUGCUGUGGUUGUUGCUCCUCCUGUUUCUAGCAGUGCUACUGUUCCCCCUGCCCCUCCUCUGCCCGGUGGCCAUGGCACUGUUAUUCCCCCUCCCCCUCCCCCACCCCCACCUCCUCUUCCUGGGGGUCUUGUUCCACCCCCUCCCCCUCUUCCGCUUGAAGGUACUAGCAUCCCUCCACCUCCUCCUUUGCCUGGAGGUGCUGCUGUACCCCCUCCCCCUCCUUUGCCUGGAGGUGCUGCUGUACCCCCUCCCCCUCCUUUGCCUGGGGCUGCAAUCCCCCCACCUCCUCCUUUGCCUGGGGGUGCUGCUGUACCCCCUCCCCCUCCCUUGCCUGGGGCUGCCAUCCCCCCACCUCCUCCUUUGCCUGGAGGUGCUGGUAUACCAGCUCCCCCUCCCUUGCCUGGAAGUGUUGGCGUUCCCCCCCACCCCCUCCCUUGCCUGGAGGACCUGGACUGCCUCCUCCCCCUCCCCCCUUUCCUGGAGGCCCUGGCAUUCCUCCACCUCCACCUGGAAUGGGCGUGCCUCCACCUCCCCCCUUUGGAUUUGGGGUUCCUGCAGCCCCAGUUCUGCCAUUUGGAUUAACCCCUAAAAAAGUUUAUAAGCCAGAGGUGCAGCUCCGGAGGCCAAACUGGUCCAAGUUUGUGGCCGAGGACCUUUCCCAGGACUGCUUCUGGACAAAGGUGAAGGAGGACCGCUUUGAGAACAACGAACUUUUUGCCAAACUUACCCUUGCCUUCUCUGCCCAGACCAAGAGUGAGUGCUCUCCCUGAG